AUGAAAGUUGAUAAUACAUCCGAAGAAGACGAUGAAGAACACCCGCCAGGCUCCCGGGUCCCGGUCCGGAUGGACAAAAAUCUGCCGAGAUCGACAAGCCCUGCUCGACAUAGCUCAUCUUCGCCAAGAAAUUCGUUCGGGACGGGACAUCCGACCUGGUUCUCGCACGGAUCCGGGAAGCAUGUUUCCUCAACGUCGUUGUUGAAUGGGUGGCUCAGUGGGUUGUUUUUUGAUCCAAGAAGAUCGAGCAGAGGUAAAAGAAAGGCAUGGUAUCAGAAAAAAGUGACGAUAGGAUUGGCUUUGUUUAUAGGGUCGUUUUUCUUGAUAAACUGGUUGAUGCUAUCUUCUAUUCAAGACUCGGGUCGGAGCAGAGGCGGUUUUAAGCUCAGGUUCUUGAAAGCUAAUUCUUCCACUGUUUCCAUUCGGGAAGAACUGCAAAAGCUUGGUAGAGGAAAGAAACCCCGAAAAACUAUUUAUGCAAGGCUGUUGGCUAAGGCUGCUCAUGCGUUGGCUGAGGGGCAGAACAAACCCGAGCCAAAAGACUUGUGGAUGGAACCCUAUGUCCGUGCCUCUUCCUGGACACCUUGUGCCCAUAUGCGUGACUGGGAACCUAGUGAGGGCAAAAAUGGUUACAUAAUGGUCACUGCGAAUGGUGGAAUAAAUCAGCAGCGAGUUGCUGUCUGCAAUGCUGUUGCUGUGGCUAGAUUACUUAAUGCAACACUUGUUCUUCCCAAAUUUAUGUACAGCACUGUUUGGACAGAUACUAGUCAGUUCGACGAUAUUUAUCAGGAGGAGCAUUUCAUCAACUACUUGAGGCCUGAUAUUCGCAUAGUGAAGGAACUCCCCAAGGAAUUACAGUCAUUAGAUCUAGAGGCAAUUGGUAGUGUGGUUACAGAUAUUGAUGUUGUGAAGGAGGCUAAGCCAAGUUUUUACUUGAAGCACAUCCUUCCCAUUCUACAUCUGAACAGGGUAGUUCAUUUUGUUGGAUUUGGGAACCGAUUGGCAUCUGAUCCAGUACCUUCUCAAUUGCAGAGACUUCGAUGCAGAUGCAAUUUUCAUUCACUGAAAUUUGUUCCCAAAAUUCAAGAAGCUGGCAGUUUACUUAUCCAAAGGAUGCGUCAAAAUGAUACGGGGUUGGGGCAUUUAGACCAUUAUCUUGUUGGCCCAUUUGCAAAAUCAGAGGUGAAAGGUCAAAAAGACCGUGCUGCUAAGAAAUCCAGAUACUUUGCAUUACAUCUAAGGUUUGAAAUUGACAUGGUGGCUCAUUCUUUGUGUGAAUAUGGUGGAGGUGAAGAAGAAAGGCGGGAAUUGGAGGCUUAUCGUGCAAUCCAUUUUCCUGCAUUAAUGGAGCUAAUGAAGAUGAAAAAGUUGCCUUCCCCGGCAGAACUCAGAUCUGAAGGACUGUGUCCAUUGAUGCCUGAGGAGACUGUUCUUAUGCUGGCCGCCCUUGGUUUCAAUCGCCAGAGCCAUAUAUUCCUAGCGGGAGCUCAUAUUUAUGGAGGAAAGUCUAGAUUGGCUGCCUUAACUACCUUGUUUCCUAAUUUAGUCACCAAAGAGAACUUGCUCUCUCCGACUGAAAUUCAACCAUUCGCAAAUUUCUCAUCUCAGCUGGCGGCAUUGGACUUCAUAGUCUGCACGGCUGCUGAUGUAUUUGCCAUGACAGACUCAGGAAGUCAAUUUUCUUCUUUGGUAGCUGGUUAUCGAAUCUAUUAUGGUGGGGGAAGAAUGCCAACAAUACGGCCAAACAAACGCCGACUUGCUGACAUUUUUGUGAAAAACAACACAAUAGAGUGGAAGGUGUUUGAACAGAGAGUGAGGAAGGCCGUCAGACAAAACAAACGAGUAUUUUCACGUCCGGUUGGAAGGAGUGUAUACAGAUAUCCUCGGUGUUUGGCUUGUAUGUGUAAUAUGGAAGAAUUCUUGCAGGGAUAG